AUGCCACCGACACCUUCGGCGUCAAAGCCUGACCUUGCAUCGCCUGGAUCGUCUUCCAUCAGCGCCAAAGGCGCCGAGAAGAAGGUUCCACGCCCGCUGAACCAUUUUAUAAUCUACAGGAAGGAGUGGCACCCCAAAAUUGUUGCGCAGAACCCGGGCUUGCACAAUAAUGAGAUCUCCGUUAUCAUUGGCAAGCAGUGGCAGUCAGAGAGCGAUGAAGUCAAAGCUCUCUACAAGCAGAAGGCGGAGGAGAUGAAGAGGCAGCAUGAGCUAGCGCAUCCUGACUACCAAUACCAGCCCCGCAAGCCUUCG